AUGGGAUCCGAAGCUCCCAUUCAAAUCCUCCUUGUAUCAUACCCAGCACAAGGACACAUAAACCCUCUUCUUAGACUAGCAAAGUGUCUUGCAGCAAAGGGCUCUUCUGUCAUUUUCAUCACAACAGAAUAUGCCGGCAAAAACAUGCGAACCGUUAACAACAUCACAGACAAAUCAACCACCCCAAUUGGCGACGGUUCUCUCACUUUCCACUUCUUUGACGACGGCUUACCAGAAGAUGAUCCCAUCCGAUCGAGUCUCAGCGGCUACUCCGAACAGCUUGAACUUGUUGGAAGAAAGUUUCUUUCUGAGUUCAUCAAAAAUCAUGCUGAGUCAAACAUACCAGUUUCAUGUAUCGUAAACAAUCCGUUUCUUCCAUGGGUUUGUGAUGUAGCGACGGACCAUGAUAUUCCGUCUGCUUUGUUAUGGAUUCAAUCCGUUGCUGUUUUCGUAGCUUACUAUAACUAUUUCCAUAAACUGGUACGUUUUCCUACGGAUACAGAACCUUAUAUUGACGUCAAACUCAACUCUUCUUUUGUUCUUAAAUACAAUGAAAUCCCAGAUUUUCUACAUCCUUAUAGUAAAUAUCAAUUUCUAGCGACACUCAUCUUAGAACAGUUUAAGAAUUUGUCAAAAGUUUUUUGUGUACUGGUGGAUACAUAUGAAGAGCUAGAACAUGAAUUCAUCGAGUACGUUUCAGAAAAAUCGAUCCUGAUGAGACCUAUAGGUCCUCUGUUCAACAACCCAAGAAUCAAAGAUGCUAGUGAUAUUCGGGGCGAUUUUGUUAAGAGAGAUGAGUGUAAUAUUAUAGAGUGGCUGAACACGAAAGCAAAAGGCUCUGUGGUUUACGUUUCGUUUGGGACUAUUGUGUAUCUUGCACAAGAACAAGUGGAUGAAAUUGCAUAUGGGCUGUUGGAGUCACAAGUCUCGUUUUUGUGGGUAAUGAAACCACCGUCUAAGGAAGCUGGGCGAAAGCCACAUGUUUUGCCGGAAGGAUUUUUGGAGGAAACAAGUGGGAGAGGAAAAGUGGUGAAAUGGGGUCCACAAGAAGAAGUAUUAUCUAAUCCUUCGGUGGGAUGUUUCCUGACACAUUGUGGUUGGAAUUCAUCCAUGGAAACACUUUCUUUAGGAGUUCCAGUGUUAACGUUUCCGGCAUGGGGUGAUCAGCCCACAAAUGCGAAAUUUCUGGUUGAUGUUUUUGGAGUUGGGAGUAGGUUGGGUUAUAGUCAAAUUGAAGAUAAAUUGGUAACAAGAGAUGAAGUGAAGAAAUGCUUAUUGGAAGCAAUGACAGGGGAAAAAGCAGAGGAGUUGAAGCAAAAUGCGAUUAAGUGGAAGAAGACGGCGGAGGCGGCGGUGGCGGCGGGUGGAUCGUCGGAUAGGAAUCUUGAUGAGUUUAUGAAAGAUAUUAAGAAACGUGAUCUGUAA